AUGCUGGAAAACAUACGGGCUUACAUGGCUGCACAGGAGCUCGACCCGGUCGACACCAGCAUGUUCACCGGACGCCCGAGCGACUACAAGCCAUUGGACGGCGAGCACCUGCUUUCACUCCUCGACAACCUGGACGCCAAGAAGCAGGAGCACCCGGAUGCGAUGGCCGACGAAGCCUUUGAUCUGGAAACCAAGACAGCUUUGGCCCCGCCAGAGGUCGUCACUUCGGUGGACCCGGAGGCAGAGGCGAAGGGAGACCAAGCCCCCGUCGACGCUCAGUCGUCUCCAAACUUGAAGGCAAUGGCUGAGGGAAAGGAUGCUGAAGCGAUGCAGCUGGAAGAAGUGAAACCCGUCGUUGAUGAAAGCAAGGAAGAGAAUCCCUACAAGGCAUGCGAAAGACAGGCUUCGAUUAAGAGCCUGAAGGAAGGCAAAGAAGAGGAGGAAGAUGUUAUGCAGUUGAGGGUGUACCGUCGACGCUGGUUGAUUUUGCUGAUCGUCGCUUUGUUGAACAACACGAACACAAUCUCCUGGAUCGCCUACGCCCCUGUAUCGAAUCACGUCAACACGUUCUUUGGUGGACCAUGGGCCGGCCGUUUCUCACUCGUCUACAUGGCGGUUACGAUUCCGGUUGGUUUCGUGGCGAUGUACCUCAGCGGUCGUCUCGGUCUUCGCUCGGCUAUCCUGAUCGCUGGAUGGGCCAACGGUAUCGGCGCGUUCAUCCGUUUUGCGGCUUCCUUCCUGGCUAACCCUUCGCGCGUCUAUGUUGCACUGAUUGGCCAGGGAAUCGCCGCCAUCGCCUAUCCGUUCAUCAUGUUCUUGCCAACGAAGGUUGCUGGUGCGUGGUUCCCCGACACCGAGCGUGGAUUGGCGACGACAAUUGGCGUGAUGGCUAACCCACUCGGCGUCUUCCUUCCCAGCCUUAUUUCACCGGCAAUGGUCACUCAAGCCAGCCAUGUCGUCUACCUCAAUGCCUUCACCUUCUUUCCUUCCAUCGGCGCCGCGAUUCUGGCGACGUUGUUUGUCAACCGAUCAGAGCCGAAGAUUCCUCCAACCUUUUCCGCAGCCCAGAAGCCUAUGGAUUUCGUGUCGGGAAUGAAGGCUUGUUUCACAAACGGUCCCUAUCUGGUCCUUCUUUUCGUGAUGAGCGGUGGUAUUGGCAUGUUUAACUGCUUGUACACUGUCCUGUCCGAACUGCUAUGUCCAUCUGGCUACAGCAAUACGUUUGCCGGCAUUUGCUCCGCACUAAUGAUCGUCGGUGGUCUGGUUGGAGCAACCUGCUCUGGAAUCAUCGUUGAUCGCACAAAGCGUUAUGCGGAGACGAUUAAGAUUGCGAUGGGCGUGGCUGUAAUUUUUGGACUGAUCUUCUUGCAGUUAACCUUGCGCGCCGACCUGAAGCUAUGGAUCAUCCCGACGGUGCUCGCUUUCGGCAUUAUGGGACUGGCCACUUACCCUACCUCGACUGGGCUCAUCGUUCUUGUUGGACAGGUUCAAUCGAUCAUCUACGUCAUGAUGAUGCGUAAGCUGUACCGCCCGCUAGGCGUCGAUAGGGAGAAUGUUCAGGUUUGCCGCACCAGCGCCACUGAUUUGGACAACGUCCCUAACGACGCUACGAUCUCGAUCAUGGUCUUUUCGGCCGUCGCCUUUGUGCUCGCCGUUGUCCUUAUUGCUUUCUUCCGCCCCAUCUACCGCCGUAUGGAGGCCGAGAACACGAAUCGCGCUCGUGGAGACAAGGAGAAGGAGCUUGCUCUGGAAGAGAAGAAAAUCCACUCACUGCCGGACGAGAACACAGUCGUCAAGCCGCUCAAGGAA